UUCCGUUAUAGAAGCACAUGGGCAUAGAAAUGCAAAACAAGUGUUAACGCUGAAUUUGUCGACAGAACUACGAUGAAUUAUCACAAUAACACGUUUUCUCCUAGACAGCCUGCUUAUAACCAAUGGCAGAACCAGUCGUGGAACACGAAUUUUCACUCAAAUAAUAAUUUCUCUCCCAGACAACCCUUCCCACCGUUUCCUAACCAUGCUCCUUGCGGCCCAAUGGCAAUGCAGGGAAGCGGGUUUCAUCGACCGCAGUUUCAAAACAACCGUCAUGCAUCUCCACAGUAUUUCCAGGGAGGCAACAGAGGAGGGUACGGGAAUUUUCAAGGCGGUCCCCGUGUGACGUCACCACACCCCAGUGGACGGUCUUUUCAAGGCAAUUGGAACAAUUCAAAUAAUUCGAACAACAACCCGAAUGGGUACCAAAAAUCAAAGAAGAAGAAGGUUGACAAGAGGGAUCUAGCCGAGAACAACAACUUUUUCUGCGACACGUGCGACCGAGGCUUUAAGAUGAAGGACAAGUAUGAUGAACAUGUUGACGGACAUCAGCAGUGCUCGGUGGCUGGAUGUCCGUAUGUUGCCGCACCCAAACUUGUGCAGCUUCAUUUCCAACUGCAACAUAAGUGUGGAUUGGCUAAAAAGGUUUGGUCUUUGGAAUCGCAGAAAGAUGUCGACAAAUGGAUUGCAGAGAGGAAGAAGAACUUCCCGACGUCUGGUAAUAUAAAGAAGAAAGAAGCUGAGCAGAUGGACAGAAAUGAAAGAGGAGAGGUGCUGGAAACCAAACAGUUUGGCAAGUUUAGAAAAGGACAGUUUGGAAAUAACAGCCAGAAUUUUAACACUGGUCCACAUGACGGUGGGAGGGGAUCUCACCGAGGUCGACGAGGCAGAUACAAGCGGGCAUACGACCGGCUGAAUGCCUCCAUUACAGCCGAUACAUCCAGCGACAAACAGCAUAAUACUGAUGAUUCGUGCGAGUCACCACUGAAAAAGAGAAACAUGGAUUGUGGUUCAGAGCAGACAUAUUCACUGAAUUCAACUGCUGAAGAAGACCCGCUUUCACAGAUGGUGAAUAAAAGCGUUGAGAAAGAAGAAACUAAAGACAACUUAGAAAAUGAGAAACCCGUCGACAGCUCCAAGCUGAUUGGUGGACUGGCCGGCAUCAUCGACUCGUACAAUUCAGAUGGAGAGGCUGAAAUAAACAAAGGGCAGACAACUCUGUGCAUAAAGAAAAAUGAGUGUGAAGAUUCAUUUACUGGUACAAAUAAAAAUGUGCAGAAUACAGCAAUGGAGUCCAAACAUUCCCAACAACAUCCAAACCAUCCAAACAAACAACAGGCAGUUUGGUUACCUAGGAAACGAGUCACACUGCUGGAAAGGCUUCUGGCACAAGAAAUCCGUCAUGAAAGGAACGUAGUGCUUCAGUGUGUGUAUUAUAUCGUAAAAAACAACUUCUUUGCACGAAAAACAUCCAAAAUGUCAGCUGAACUGGCUACAGAACUGGAACAAGCAAAAAAAUGUAAUGACGAUACUAAGUCUUGUUGCACUAAUGUAUCAGAAGUAUUGCCCACCAAGGCUGAUAACUCUAAUGACGACACUUGUUGCAUUAAUGGAUUGGAAGGAUUGGCUACCGUGGAGCUUGAAAGUGAGGUACAAAGGGCUGAUAACUCUAAUGGGAACACUUGUUGCAGUAAUGAAUCGAAAGGAUUGCCAACCAUUGAGUGCAGAUGAGUUACAAAGGACAGAUAACUCUUGCAGAGACGAAUUGGACGUUGGUGAAAGUUGUGAUAAUAGGGUUACUCUAACAGAGGAAAUUUCAAUGGUGGCGGUGGAGACAGAAGUUGAAAACUAAUGAUUCAAAACAAGAAAAUGUGGUUUCAUAAUAAAGUAUAUUCAUAAUU